ACUUCUCAGUAUGCUCCGCCUAUCCAACAGUCUCUCUUAUCACUGAGAAGGAUCCACUUUACGGCGGCUUGGCCAUCAUCCGCAACCACCUCUGGGGAAAUGAGGGUCGCUUGCGUGGACUCAUUACUCGCUCCUCGAUCCACGUACCCGACCUUGAUGAUCUCAAUAACAAAUCUCAAGAAUCUAAGCCAGAGGACGUCACGAUGGGUGACGCUACGGCGAAAACUGGAGCACUGUUCUACAACCUGAUGGAGAUCCCGAACGUGCCGUGGAAUAUAUCCGAGGUGCUCGAAAUGAGAUUUUAUGUGCGGAACGAAUACAACGAGCUCGAUGCAUUCGUGGAGGAGCAGAGACAAUCAGAUAUCGCUGGGUUCCAUCGGCGCAGACCGAUUUUGCUUAAAGGCAAGGCUGUCUAUUCGACGCACUGUCUCCUGAAUCGGCUCGCACAAGGAAAGCUCACCGUGCUCUCCAAGUCACCUUUGAUACGUUUCGCCUUUCUCGAAUCUGGUGUUUACAUGAUUCCAAAUGAUUCCUUCCUACAUUGGCGGAAUCCCGAGCUCUCCGUAGCUGAAGGAGCCGAUUUGGAUGGCCUUGUUCUCUCUCAUCUUGCUUCGGCUGCGGAGGUCAACACUCUGCUGCAGCAGCGAUGGAGGAUCUUGGUAGCAUCGUCGUCCGAGCCAGAAGAGGGGCAAGGAAAAACAGUCCGAACACGUUUUACAUGAAAAGAUGGAGCUGGCAAGAAGUGUGUGUAUCCCACGGUUAUGCGAAGGAGCAGAGGGUUGACGAUGAAGCUUGGCAUGUUGCGUU